CCCGGCUCUGCACCAUUCGCUGGGCCCACCUUGAUGAAAGUGGCAGCCCCCUCCCUUUCCUCUCGGAAUCCGGAUACACCGGGAAGCCAGGGAGGGGCCGGGGGAUCCCGGAGCAGCCAGCGCUGUCCAGGCAGCGGAAUCGCCUGGGGGGAGCAGAAGAUGGACGCCCCGCGGAGCCCCCCGCAGCUGGACCGGGACCUGCUGGAGUCCCCCGAGGGCUGCCCGUCCCCGCUGGAGCUCAAGUCCGGCCCCAGCAAGAAGAUGUGGGUGAAGCUGCGGGCACUGCUGAGGUACAUGGUGAAGCAGCUGGAGAAUGGCGAGGUGAACAUCGAGGAGCUGAAGAAGAACCUGGAGUACACAGCUUCACUGCUGGAGGCCGUCUACAUCGAUGAGACCAGGCAAAUCCUGGACACAGAGGAUGAGCUGCAGGAGAUCAAGUCGGACGCGGUGCCGUCCGAGGUGCGGGACUGGCUGGCCUCCACCUUCACCCAGCAGACCCGUGCCAAGGGCCGGCGCUCUGAGGAGAAGCCCAAGUUCCGCAGCAUUGUCCAUGCUGUUCAGGCCGGCAUCUUCGUCGAGAGGAUGUUCCGCCGGACGUACACAGCCGUGGGGCCUAACUACUCCACCUCUGUCAUCAACUGCCUGAAGACCCUGGACCUGUGGUGCUUCGACGUGUUUGCGCUGAACAGGGUGACGGAGGACCACGCCCUGCGCACCAUUGUCUUUGAGCUGCUCACCAGACACAACCUCAACAGCCGCUUCAAGAUCCCCACUGUGUUUUUAAUGACCUUACUGGACGCACUGGAGGCUGGCUAUGGGAAAUACAAGAACCCCUACCACAACCAGAUCCACGCGGCUGACGUGACCCAGACUGUGCACUGCUUCCUGCUGCGCACUGGCAUGGUGCACUGUCUGACGGAGAUUGAGAUCCUGGCCAUCAUCUUUGCAGCUGCCAUCCACGACUAUGAGCACACGGGCACCACCAAUAGCUUCCACAUUCAGACCAAGUCUGACUGCGCCAUCCUGUACAACGACCGCUCGGUGCUGGAGAACCACCACAUCAGCGCCGUCUUCCGCAUGAUGCAGGAGGACGAGAUGAACAUCUUCAUUAAUCUGGCCAAGGAUGAGUUUGUGGAGCUGCGGUCCCUGGUGAUUGAGAUGGUCCUGGCCACGGACAUGUCCUGUCACUUCCAGCAGGUCAAGUCCAUGAAAACCUCCCUCCAGCAGCUGGAGAGGAUCGAUAAAUCGAAAGCGCUGUCGCUGCUGUUGCAUGCAGCCGACAUCAGCCACCCCACCAAGCAAUGGAGCGUCCACAGCCGCUGGACCAAGGCUCUGAUGGAGGAGUUCUUCAGACAGGGGGACAAGGAGGCUGAGCUGGGCCUGCCCUUCUCUCCGCUCUGUGAUCGCAAGUCCACGCUGGUGGCCCAGUCCCAGAUCGGUUUCAUCGAUUUCAUCGUGGAGCCCACUUUCUCGGUGCUGACGGACGUGGCGGAGAAGUUUGUCCUCCCGCUGGUGGAAGAAGGCUCCAAGUCUAAGUCUUCCUCCAGCCAGCAGAGCAGCUCCCAAUGGAGGCAGCCUUCCCUGGACGAGCAUUCAGAGCUGGGUGACAUCAACGCCGACAUCACCAGCUUCCGCUCCACCUGGACCAAGUACAUCCAGGAGAACAAGCAGAAGUGGAAGGAGCGAGCGGCCAGUGGGAUCACUAACCAGACAUCCAUUGAUGAGCUGUCACCAUGCGAGGAGGAGCCACAUGCACCCGAAAACCAGCACAAUCAGAAUGGCGAUGUGGAAUAGCACAGUCUGCGAGGGAGUGAGGUCCCAUUUCCAACUGAAUGAUGCAGUUUAGUCCAAAGUCUUCGAUGCCAUCGAAAUCAACACCAUCGCAGGAGGAGCCGCCGCAGGCCAGAGGGCAAGCAGGAACAACCAUUGCCAAGAUAUAAAAAUUAAUGUAAACUUAGAGUCAAGGGAAAUCCUGAUGUCACCGAGCACAUGGCCUGAACCCAACAAAGCCUUCCCUCGCCGCCACCACCCCAGAGCCCUGGCAUGGCCAGGCCAGCCACCAGCCCUGCCAAGCCAGGUACUAUAGGCCCCUGUUCCAGCUGCCUUCCUGCCCCACCCCUCCAGCUGGGGCUAUCAGAGGCAUCUCACUGCCCAGCCAGCAACCUCCCGGAGCUGCUGGGCCAGGGCUUUGCCUGUGUCUUUUUAGAGGACGUGUUCUCUGGAAUCCCAAUUUGCCAGACGCCCAGGGAUGAUUGAGGUGCAGAGGCUUCAGGGUGAUCCACAGGCCUGUGGGAGGAGUCUGGGGGAGAAUGGGGGGCCAAAUUGGUCACUUGGGGAAUUGUGGACUCCAGCAGUGCCCCCAGGGCGUCACAGCUGCUUACCUGCCCACUGGAGCCAGGAUGGAUGACCGCUGCACAAUACCUGUCUGGGGUGAUCCCUGCACCCCCCAGACUCAGAGCCCCAGGGCCUACCCUUAGAACAGAGCAUGGGCUGGGUCGCCCCUUGUACCCCCAGACAGACACACCCACUCCUCGCAGGCCAGAAUCUCCUCCCCGUCUCUAGUGGGGUCCCUGCAGAGGAGGGUCUGGCCUCCAGUGGCAAACCCUCCUGACUUGCAGCCCCAAUAUGUAUCUACCCGGAGCCCAACAUUCAAACAGACCCUGUGCCAGGCUCAGGCCCAGCAUUGUGAGAACAGCUAUUGGGCCCCUACCUGCCAGGCCAAGCCCUCAGCUGUGGUGUGGGAUUUGGGCCCACCUUGGGCCCAGGCUGGAAAAGUGGGCGCCAUGGUGUGACACUCCCUGUGCGUUAAACCCCCUUUCUCAGGGCUCCCCUCCAAUUUGAUUGGGUCAGGACCCACUCUCCUUCCUGCGGGGAACCCAGGAGCUCCCUGCAGAUGUCAUGGGGCUGGCGUGGGGGCUGUGGUAUUUCACACCAAGGGGCUGUUGUAUGGAAUCUGCUCUCGCCGGGUCCCGUGCAAGUUACAGAUGCAAGCCCCAUGUUACACAUGUGGGGAGUGUGUUUGUUCUGUGCCACCUUGCACAUGGGUCCUUGCAGCAUGACGGGAGGCUCCACUGGUCACGGGGCGGGCAGUGUACAUGCUUUUGCCUGGAUAAACACUUGCUAAACAGUAAAGGAGCCAGGUACACGCUCCACAAUAAGGCCAGGUGAAGCCACGUCUCCCAGACGUGCAGGGUAAUAAACGGAACUGAGACAAGGGCUUCCCAAGGCCUCGCCACCCCACCACCCCCUCCAUCCUGUGUCUCUCACUAGGCCCCUGAGCCACACCUGUGGAGGAGGGCAUGGAAGGACGGGCAGGGACCGUAGCAGGUGUGUUCACCCUCCGCCCUGUGGGGUAGAAUGACCAUAACAGAGCAGAUUAUUACGCUGAUCCGUGUCCUGUGGCUGGAGGGGGGCUCCAGAGCAGGCCCCUUUGCACACCUGGCUGUUAACAGGACUCGGCUCACAAGCGCAGGGUGGCCUGGAGCAAACUCCACAGCCUCAUUCCCACCUCACAGCACAGGGAUGGUGGGUUUGUUAGGUUUUUUUUUUUUUCUGGGGGGGGGCGGGGGGAGCAUGUUUGAACCC